AUGCCACCCAAACCUAUCCGCGUCCAGCGCCAAUCCGCUACACCCUCGUCAUCGCAAAAGUCCUCAAAUUACUUCACCGCCGCGUACCGGGAACUCACCUCGCCGGAUAAUGCCAGUGUGGUGCGCAGUGUGCUGAUGUUUGGUGGAGCAGUGGCGUUCUUCUCAUCGAGUUUCUCCGAGGUGCUAUUACCAGGCUUUUAA